UUGACUGUCUCAAAAUAGUUGAACAUGGAUACGAUAUACUUAUAGUUUGUACUAAAAUUACGUGUGACCGUGGACCGAUUGGGAUGAAACUACUAUGUAGUUAAAAGAGGAAAAGAACUGUGGCAUCAAAAAUAACAGGUUCGCUAUAUGUAAUAACAUCGGUAGUUAUCAUGGUCAGUUCAGACGUUUAGUCAAACAGAAGUGAAAUGGUACCCAACCAAUAAUUACUUAUGCAAAUGCAACGCAGGUUGGAGCGGACUAUUUUCCAAAACGUAUGAACGUAAACAAUCCGUUAUCCAAUGGAUUAGUGAAAUUGUACUGUUCAGUAGAUCAAUGUUUGUUGUAAAAAUACAAGCAAGAAGUCUGGAAAAACAUUCAAGUUACGGAAAAGUGGAGAUCGAAGUUGAAUAUUGGCCACUUUCGUUAUACGGUAGAUCGUUAUACGUUCCGGAAUCCAACACGUUACACCCCACGCUCGUAAUCCAGCAGUGCUUCCGAAUGAAAUUUAGUUCAUUUGCCAUAGACAAGUGCCAAACAGUGCUGAGCAGCACGAAUCCAUUAGAUCUGAAAAACCCGAUAGCGACGGUGCGUCGUCGAUAGUAAUAACCGUGGACGGACAACGGCCGGAGCCCCAGCAUCAUGUCUGGAAUUUUCAAAUACACACCCAACAACCGGACAGCGUCGUCUACGCCGAACCGACGAUCGGUCUUCGGGACGGGUUUCGGAAGUCCUGGCUUACAUCAAGAUGCUACUAUGGAUAACUCAUAUGCGAUGCGAUUCCGUUCUCCAUCAAUAAACGUUCUAACUGAACAUGGAUCACCCGUUCGUUCGUUACGCGAGAUCGAGGACGAGUUGUCUUCGCUGCGCAAGGAGAAGUUCAAUCUUAAACUGCGCAUAUUUUUCCUUGAGCAGCAGGCUGGUAUUACCACAGAGAACAGCGACAUAGCUAGCCUGGGUGUGACGGCUUCUUCUUCUGGAACGUCACGAGAAGGAAAUUAUGUUAAGCAAAAUAUUGAUCUAAAGGUGGAAGUAGAAUCAUUACGAAGAGAUCUGCAAGACAAGCAAGAUCUACUGUGCCAGGCGGCCAAAGCGAUCGAAGUACUCGAAGAAGGCCACCGUCGAACGGAGGAAAAACACCGCGAAAUGGUGAGCGAUCUUAACAAUCGCAUUGAAAUCCAUCAGCUCGAGAUCAAGUCCCUGGAAAAAGUGGCGGCUGAAUUGCAGCAUAAACAUCGCGAGCUGCUGCAACUUUCUUCAAACCGGCAAACCACUGAGAAUGAUACCGAGCAAGGACAAUGUGAUGAUAUCGUUCUUGGUAACGAGCCAGGCAAAGUAGAAGAAAACGUCGGCGAAAGCCUACUGGACUUCCUCGAUGCUGUGCAGCAUAACAGCGAACUGGGCGUACAAGACAAACUCAAAGCCCUCGAGAUGGACAAUAUUUUGCGACAGUGUCAGGAGCAAAAUAUUGAGCUAAAGCGCGAAACGGAGCAAAUGAAGGAGGUAUUACAUCGUAAAACGGAAACCAUUGUACAACUCGAGACAGAGUUGAAUGAAUUGCGAUUUGAAAAUGCGGAACUCAGGGAAAAAUUGGAGGAAAAUAAUAAAUCAUCAGCUGAUGCAGAGAUUGAAAGGCUUAAGAAACAAAUCUUCGAUGUACGAUCAGAACUGGCGGAGAAGCUCUGUGUGCUGGACGAAACCGAGACAAAACUGAAGGAUAAAACGACAGAGCAUAUGAAAUCUUGCCGAAUGGUAGAAAAACUAGUUAAAACGAUAACCGAACAAGACAGGGAGAUAGCCAAAAUGAAGCGAAACUCGAAUAUAUCGCUUCCAUCGGAGCACGGAUCGGGUGCGCGGUAUGAGUUGCCAGAAAUACUGGAUCAGGAUCGCAAACCCAUUACCCAAAUGGAAUAUGAUUCUUUGGUGCAACGCGCCAAGCUGCUGCAGCAAAAGAAUGACACAUUAAUUCAGAAGCUAUGCAGUAGUGGAACAGGUGAUCACCGGAAUGAUCGCAACAUCAUCAUCAAACAGCUGAACGAUGAGCUUAUUCAGGCACGCGAAGAAGCAGAAAAAGCACAGAAAUGGCGUAAAGAAUGUGCAGAUCUUUGUGCCGUUUCAACCCUCCGUUUAGAGGAGUUAGCAGGUUUUCUUGAUUCGCUGUUGAAAAACAAGGAGUUGGUUAGUUCGCUCUCUACUGACCGUCGCAAAGCCAUUCGCAAAGCCGUCGAUCGGAGUUUGGAUCUGUCGCGAAGUCUAAACAUGUCCAUUUCCGUGACGGGAUUUUCGUUACCUGGUAACAGUCUCGCUCAACUGACUUGCCUUUCGGGAUACCUACAGAGUUCCUUAGCGGAGGCCGAAUUUGUUGUGGAAGAUCAAGAUGGAUAUGACAAUGAGAAGGAAAAUCUGGUUGAAAAUCCCAUUUUAAAAUCUCAGUAUUCUAACCAAACGCGAAACGUGAUCGAAUCACUGAAGGCGGAAAACAAAGCGUUACGAGGUGAAUUACUAGAGCAACAACAGCAACUGCAACAGCGAACUAAGCGCCGCGAAAGUAAGGAACGUAAGUCGGUUACAGUAGAUCCUAUUUCGGACUCGGAGGCAUGGUCUGAGCCUGAUCGGGGUGUUUCACUGGCCCGAAUUGGGCUUGAGGAUCGGUCAACCCUAGGUCAGAAACUAAGCCCUCCGGGCACAUUAAAUACCUCCACCAGCGCUGCUCCAGGUGCCAUAAUGGAAUUAAGCUCAACAUCGGACAACGAGUUGACUGCCGCUGGGAUAACGAAUGCUGUCGGGCGCAAAACAAAUAGCGUUGCUACGGUCGCAGAACUGAAACAAUUGCAAGAAACGGUAACGGUUCUAAAUGCUGCGCUCAGUCAUAGAGACAGUACACUACUUGAGGUCCAGAGCCGCGUGGUAGAUCUAGAUAACAAGCUCAAGGAAGAACGUCUCAGGUUUGCGAACUUGGAGUCCGACGUUCACGGAAGUCGUCUGAAAACCGUGCGUCUGGAACAAGAGGUGAAGGAAUCGAAAGAACAAGUCGAAACAGCCACUGAAAAAUUGCAGCUUCUCGAAAACGAUAUUCGCCAAAAAGAUGAGCUCAUUGUGAAGCUACGGCGUGAGCGAGAACAAGCGUUUGUCGACUUGAGGGUGGCCGUCAUGAAACUCGAUACGAUGCGCUGCGAUUACGAGGAACUGCAGCUACGGCACAAGGCUGAAUUAGAGCAAAUGUUAGCACGAGAGCAAAAACAACUCGACGAGCUACGCACUAACCUUAAUAAUGCAUUCCGAGAUGAACUAGACCAUAAGCAGCGAUCAUUCGAUGCAGCACUAGAGAACAACUACAUUUCCAAGAAUAUUCACCAGGAGAAGUUACGCGAGCUUGACGAACUGCACUUUCGACUGGAAGACGCCCACAAUGAUCUGUCCUCGAUGGCGCAGGCAGAGGAGCGCGCUCGCGAGCAGCUGGCUAGUUGUGAAAGAACCGUUGCAACAAUGAAAAAGAAUCUCGAUGAUGCCACUCUACAAGCAUCGAAGGCGGCCAUUGAGCGGACGAAAGCGUUGGCUGAAAAGCGACAACUUGAAAGUGAUCUAGGGCGCGUACAUCGAGAUCUGGAACAAUUGAAGACCGAAAAGAAUGCAUUGAACGAGCAAUUGGCUACACUGCAAACGGUUACAACUGCGAUGGAUACAUCUACUACGGCUGUUGGGCUUGGUCAUGCCGAAGCCAGUGGUAGCAAUAUCGAGAAUGUGCUACAAGAAGCAUGCUUUUCAACUUCAGCUACCGAAGACGAAGAGGCUACGGUGGGCCGAAGACAGUUGGAAAACUCGUCUCCGGAUCUGGGCAUAGAAAGUGACCCCGGUCGAUUGUCAAACAUGGAAACGGCAGGAUCUGCCAAUUACAGCUCGGAUGCCUUAGCGCAGCAUCGUCAGCGACCCUUGCUCAAAACUCUAGAACUUACGAAAUCGAUGUCAAACUUGCUGUUGAACCCACCGAUGGAAGUCAAAAAUGAACACGUUUCACCGAAUAAGAAUGCAGAGCAAGAUGCUGAAACUUUGGCGACCGAUGCAACAACCGUAGUAAAGCACGACUGCGCUAAAAUCGAAGCGGACUUUGCCGAAUUAAAACGUCGGUAUAAAGUUACGCGACGCUAUUUAGACCAGGCGUACGACAACAUCAAAUCGGCGAACAAACGCAAGGAGCAGCUCGAGGUUGACAUUAAACAUCAGAUCCACAAGACGCGAGCAGUGCUCAAAACUGUACACAACAACAUGGAGCAGCCCAGACACUAAACGACCCAUUGGUCUCCAUAAUUAAUGUUGCGAUUUUGAUUUCAAACUAAUUUUUUUUUCUCGGUAGA